CCUGUGACUGUCAUAUCUUCUCCUCGAGAAUCCAAAUUGGAUACGUUGCUGUCUUAUCCGGGUCGGGUAUCUGCUGCCCGGUAUCGUUGUCUUCCUCGGCGAAAAAACUGAGAAAUUCACCGGAAAAAUCUUCGCCGAAACAGUAAACAAAAAAAUCGUAAUGGCUGAAGUCAAUCGGCGGAGGAUAGGAGGGGAUUCGGCAGGAUGGGGUUGGGCGGAUCUCCCAACUGAUCUUAUCGGGAAAAUCAUUGAGAAACUUAGUUGGGUAGACCGAAUCCGCCUUCCUGCCGUCUGCAAGAGCUGGACGGCCCUCCGUGGUCUUGCUCUGGAUGCCCCAGAUCUUCCGUGGAUGUUGAAAUUCCGAACGGAGGGAACUCUGUUUGAGAUGUUCGAUCCUUGUGAGAAGAAGAAGUACGUAUCUGAUAAAUGGAUUGAGGGGAAUGAUAAAGGGAUUUUCGCUGAUGCUACGAUUAGGUGUUCGAGACUUGGUUGGUUGCUUUUAAGAAGCAGAACAAGGGAUCACAGUGAUCCCAGAAGCUAUAUUGUCUCGACAUUCUUGUUCUCUCCCUUUACUGGAGAGGUCAUUAAGCUUCCGAAGCUGGAGCAAGAUUAUUACUUUAACAAUGUUGCAACUUUCUCCAUGAAUUCGACUUCGCCGGAAUGUAUUGUUUUCAUUUUCUGGCGAACAUGCUACACUGCUGGUUUCAGCACUUAUCGCCUUGGUGAUAAGGCGUGGAAGACUUCCAAGCUUGAUGACGCUAGAUAUCAGUCUUAUAACCUGUGUCUGAUAGAUGCAACAUAUGUGGCUGGAUCUUUCUAUUGUCUUUUCGCUGAUGGGGAUGUGGGCGUCCUUGACACUGCACUUCAACAGUGGAACUUGUUGGAACAAUGUGGCCGAAAGCUUUCAGAUGCCAGUCGCUAUCGUCCACCAAAAUUCUUGACUUCUGAUACUGAUCUGAGGCUGUUUAAAUAUGGUAAUCCUUUAGGAGGACAUAUCUGGAAGUAUGAUUUCUCAGAGAAGUACUGGUUACAUGAACAAAGUUACAGCAACCAGGAGAUAUUUAUCUGUUCUGGGUUAGCUGUUCAAGAUGCUGGUGGUGAAGCGAGUGAAUUGGUUAAUAAACGCUUUGAAGCCUUUGAUGGAGAGAGCAUCAAGCCUGCUAAAGGGGGAAUGUUUGCUGAAUUUUAUGAGUGGCUACCUAAAGAUAACAUGUCUGAGGAAGUCCAGAAAAUCUGGUUUGAUCAACGACUUGUUUGGAGAAAACAAGAUCUACUUAAACCUAGUGAAGUUGCAUAUCCCUUUAUAUAAUCUUCUUUUCUCUCAUGCUUAGCUGAUCUUUGUAUACAAUUUUGUUGGUUCUCAGUUUUUAGCUCGUGUUUAGCUUGUAGUUUCUCAGUUUAUGGUUUUGUAUACAAGUUUGGCCAAGAAAAUUAGGGCGUGUUCUCCAAGUGGAGAUUGUAAGGGGAGCUGGAAGGAAAGGCAGAGGAGCAUUGUGCCAUUGUCAGAGAAAAGGCUAUAAGGAAAUCAUUUGCUUCUCCCUUUGUUUGAUUCUGAGAAAAAUUGUUAAACAGAGUCUGCAACUUUUUCUUAUCUUUUUUUUUUUUUAGUGAGGAACAAGGAAACUAGUGUGCAACUUUUUCUGGAUGAUAGAAGGUGGUUGUGCUGUUCAUUUUUUCAA